GUUUUGUACAAAGUGACCUUACCAAGCAUGUUGUAAACCGCGAGUCUCGUCGCUAUUCUCCCGUCAAUAUAGAUUUUGUCUUAUUUUCUUCCGUUCUCUAGUCGCUCGCUAUAAUUCUACAUCGAUGGCCGAAGUUACCUCCGUCGCAGCUCCCUCUCAGCCAGCCGCGAAGGAUGUUCUACUCCUCGACAAGGGUGUCUCAUUAUCCCUAACAAGUAAUUCGUUAAUCGUUAAAGACAAGAACCAAGCCAGGCGACACCGAAAGAAGCUCUGCGGCCUUGCCGUGGGCAGCGCUCCCGCCGAAUUUUCGAUUCCUCUCUACAAUAUCCUCUGGGCAGAGGUCGUCGCCGAACACUUGAUCGUCGAUUAUGCCGACCCUACAUCCAAAAAACACCUCCGCGCCGUCAAGCUGAGUUACGCGCUCGGCGAGACCGUUCCCAGCGUGGUAGACGUGUGGGUCGGCGUGGUUCUCGAGCAAGCGUACGGGACCGCCCAGCGAAAAAAGCGAGCCAAGGUAUUAGUCAACCCGCACGCGGGACCCGGAGGUGCCGAUAAGACGUGGGAACACGACGUGAAGCCGCUGUUCGAAGCGGCUCGCAUGUCGCUAGACGUGGUGCGCACAAAAUUCUCGGGCGAGGCCGUCGGGAUCUGCGAACAGCUCGAUAUCGACGCGUACGACAUCGUAAUACCUUGCUCGGGCGACGGGUUGCCGUUUGAGUGCAUAAACGGCUUGGGAAAGCGGCCCGACGCGCGUAAAGCCUUGCACCAGGUGGCCAUCGCGCACAUACCGUGCGGCAGCGGAAACGCGAUGAGCUGCAACUUGAACGGCACGCACCGGCCGAGCUUCGCGGCGCUCGCCAUCGUCAAGGGGGUAAGAAUGCCGAUGGAUCUGAUGAGCGUUACGCAGGGGGAUAAGCGAAUGCUCAGCUUUCUGAGCCAGUCGGUCGGCAUUAUAGCGGAGUGCGACCUGGGAACGGAAAACUUGCGCUGGUUGGGCGCCGCGCGGUUCAACGUCGGCCUAGUGCAGAGGAUAUUCAGCAAGAAGCUCUACCCGUGCGACAUCUCGAUGAAGGUAGAAAUCCCGGAGAAGGCGGAUAUCAAGGCCCACUACAAGCGCGAGCGCAACGGAUUCGACCAUACUACGCGGAGGGAGAACGGCGUCGCGAAGGAAUUAUCCUCGGCGGGCGGAUCUCCCUCGAGCGAGACGGAUUCGGGAGAGGGUCUACCGCCGUUACGAUUCGGGACGGUAAACGACAAGAUUCCCGACGACUGGGAAACGGCUUCGUACGACAAGCUUGGGAAUUUCUAUUGCGGAAACAUGGCGUGGAUGGCGCCGGACGCGAACUUCUUUACGGCGGCGUGUCCCAACGACGGGAUGAUGGAUGUCGUAUUAAACGACGGCGACAUCUCGGCGGCCAAGUAUCUCGAGCUGUUAAUGUCGGUCGAGAACGGCCGGCUGUUCGACAUUCCUCACGUAUCGUACCGGAAAGUUAUCGCCUACCGUUUCACACCUCGCAAUCAGAAAGACGGCUACAUCAGCAUCGACGGCGAGCACGUCCCGUUCGAGCCGUUCCAGGUCGAGAUUCACCAAGGAUUGGGUACCGUAUUAUCGAAGAACGGGAGGUACGAAGCGGCCGGCCCGUCCGGCUGGGAGAAAGCCAUCGUAUAAAUGCGGAAGAGAGUAAUAAGCAGGUUAUGUGAUACCCCCAGCGUAGAAGUAGAUUUAUCUUUGAACAACACGCGCACGA